GUCAAGAGCGAUGCAGGGACUUCUUGGGCACCCUGUAGAUGAAAUAGACGUGCAUAGUAACAAUGAUACCUGUCUUUGUUAAUACUCUUACUUUGUGUUGACAUGCCGCCUUACAUACUUCUGGGUAACUGAACCUGGGUAAUGUGGGUAAACGACGCCCAGGCUCGUCAUCCAGAGAAGACUUUGGAUUCAGCUGCCUGCAGUGUACGGCCACUACCUACUUGCUGUCGUUUUCUUGCAGACGAGGAGUGGCAGCUGGAGGACAGAAGCCACGACACGCUCUCCGUGGACACUGACUGCGUGCAGCUGUUGGUGAACGCCCUGGACCACCCCAGGUGUCCGCUGGAAGACCUGCCACAGGAAACCGUGAAGCAGCGCGAGCGGUGCCGCGAGCAGCUGUGGGACGACGUGGUGCAGAGGUCGCCCCACAUACCCGUCACCAGCUACCUGGCCUACACGCAGAGGAUAAACGUCAACCUCUGUCUGCUGGCCUGGAUGGCGGUCAACUCGUACAGCAUUUGUCAGGACGUCCCGUUUAGCAUGGUAUGUAUUAGGGCGAGCAACGUUGGCCGAUGAAGCACACUGAGAAGUUGAUGACAACACACUACGAUCCAUUUCAACUUCCUCUUCACAUGAACAUCUGUAGCAAUAAGGCAACCAUCAUCGACCUGUAUAAAACUCCUAAUUAAGGUUCUCAUCGUCAACAGAGGACUCUUCACAGUGUGUUUAUUUAAAACUUUGAAGUGUCGUCAAGUUGUAUUGGUUAUGCAGUGCUCUACGCAUUGCAACAGACAAAUACGGUGGCAAGUAUAUGUGAAAGCGUUAUUAAACGAUGUUGUAUGUUAUGUAAGUGAAUGUUGCAUACAAGAUGAUUUAGAACAAUAUGUAAAUAUAUGCAUGCUUGCAGCACCGAUGGCUGCUACUGUAACUCCUAUAAAUAUUGAAACUGUAGAGCCUGGUUUACAGACAGAGAACGGAAAUACGUCGUUGCUCCUGUUGGUUUGAACACAAUGGAAGCAGAACUUAUAGCGUAAAAAGAACAGUUAAUGUAGGGAUAUAAG